GGAGAGGCCGCGCUGGCUGUCCAUUCUCGAGCUGGCUGAGCUAUGGUGAUCGUCACAAGGGGAGAUUACAUCUGGAUUGAACCUGUUUCUACCAAUGAGUUCGAUGUCGCAAUUGGGGCGCGCGUCAUCUCUGCUGAAGGCCGACGUAUACAAGUCAAGGACGACGAUGGCAAGGAGCAGUGGCUCACACCGGAGAGGCGUAUCAAGGCGAUGCAUGCCACCUCAGUGCAAGGGGUGGAAGACAUGAUAUCUCUGGGAGACCUCCAUGAAGCUGGAAUAUUGAGGAACCUGUUAAUUCGUUACAAUGAGAAUCUUAUAUAUACAUACACUGGGUCGAUUCUUGUUGCUGUCAACCCAUACCAAAUUCUGCCAAUUUAUACUGCAGAACAAAUAAAAUUGUACAAAGACAGAAAAAUUGGUGAACUGCCACCCCACAUAUUUGCGAUUGGGGACAACAGCUACACACACAUGAAACGAUAUGGACAAGAUCAGUGUAUUGUAAUCAGUGGAGAAAGUGGUGCUGGAAAGACUGAGAGCACAAAACUGAUUCUUCAGUACUUAGCUGCAAUAAGUGGAAAACAUUCGUGGAUUGAACAGCAGAUACUUGAAGCAAACCCAAUUCUUGAAGCGUUUGGCAAUGCCAAAACAAUCAGGAAUGAUAAUUCAUCAAGAUUUGGAAAAUACAUCGAUAUUCAUUUUAACAAGCAAGGUGUAAUUGAAGGAGCUAAAAUUGAACAGUACUUGCUUGAAAAAUCAAGGAUAGUGUCUCAAAAUACUGAUGAACGUAAUUACCACAUAUUUUAUUGUAUAUUAGCUGGGAUGUCAAAAGAGGAGAAACAGAAGCUGGAACUCGGAGAUGCUUCUCAGUAUAAGUAUUUGACAGGUGGUGGAAGCAUUACAUGUGAAGGAAGGGAUGAUGCAGCUGAAUUUGCAGAUAUUCGAUCUGCUAUGAAAGUGCUUCUUUUCACUGAUCAAGAAAUCUGGGAAAUACUGAAGCUUCUAGCAGCAUUACUACAUAUUGGAAAUAUCAAGUACAAAGCAGCUGUCAUAGAUAACUUAGACGCAACUGAAAUCCCAGAUCUCAGUAGUGUUCAGAGAGUUGCAGGUUUACUUGGAGUUCCCAAACAGCCUCUCAUUGAUGCACUUACUCGGAAAACAAUAUUUGCAAGUGGAGAGACAGUUGUGUCAUCACUAUCAAGAGAUCAGUCAGUUGAUGUGAGGGAUGCUUUUGUGAAGGGGAUAUAUGGACGUUUGUUUGUUUUUAUUGUAAACAAAAUAAAUAAUGCAAUUUAUAGACCAAAAGGUUCUGCAAGAAGUGCUAUUGGAGUGCUUGACAUAUUUGGUUUUGAAAAUUUCAACACAAAUAGCUUUGAACAGUUUUGUAUAAACUACGCAAAUGAAAACCUUCAACAGUUUUUUGUUCAACAUAUUUUCAAGUUGGAGCAGGAAGAAUACAAUUUAGAAGGCAUAAAUUGGCAACACAUAGAAUUUGUAGACAAUCAAGAUGCCCUGGAUCUCAUUGCUGUUAAGCAGUUGAAUAUCAUGGCUCUUAUUGAUGAAGAAUCAAAGUUUCCUAAGGGAACAGACCAAACAAUGUUGGCUAAGCUUCAUAAAACUCAUGGUAACCACAGGAAUUACCUGAAACCAAAAUCAGAUAUUAAUACAUCAUUUGGCUUAAAUCACUUUGCUGGUGUAGUCUUCUACGAUACAAGAGGUUUCCUUGAAAAAAACCGAGACACAUUUAGCGCAGAUCUCCUUCAACUGAUUCACAUAUCUACAAAUAAGUUCCUGCAGCUAUUGUUUGCUGAAGAUAUUGGGAUGGGAUCUGAAACACGAAAAAGGGCACCUACGCUAUCUACUCAGUUUAAAAAGUCAUUAGACUGUCUAAUGAAGACUUUAAGCAGCUGUCAGCCAUUUUUCAUUCGAUGUAUAAAACCAAACGAGUAUAAGAAACCAAUGAUGUUUGACAGAGGGCUUUGCUGUCGACAACUAAGAUACUCAGGUAUGAUGGAGACAAUCCGUAUUCGAAGAGCUGGUUACCCAAUACGACACAGCUUCAUGGAGUUUGUGGAGCGAUAUAGGUUUCUUAUACCUGGUGUCCCACCAUCUCAUAAGACUGAUUGCCGCAUAGCCACAGCUAAAAUAUGUCAGGCUGUAUUAGGGAGAUCUGAUUAUCAGCUGGGCCAUACUAAGGUGUUCCUCAAAGAUGCACAUGAUUUAUUCCUAGAGCAGGAGAGAGAUCGCGUUUUAACACGGAAGAUCCUUAUUCUGCAAAGGUCAAUUCGUGGCUGGGUUUACAGAAGACGAUUCCUGAGGAUGAAGGCAGCUGCCGUAAUGAUUCAGAAACACUGGAAAGGCUAUGCACAACGCAGGCGUUACCAGAGAAUGAGAGUUGGUUAUAUGAGACUGCAAGCUCUCAUACGGUCUCGUGUUCUCUCACACCGUUUCCGUCAUCUUCGAGGACAUAUUGUUGGACUUCAGGCUAGAGCUCGCGGUUAUCUUGUAAGGAGAAUGUGCAGGCAAAAGAUGUGGGCGAUUAUAAAGAUUCAAUCCCAUGCAAGGCGUAUGAUUGCACAGAGAAGAUAUAAGAAGUUGAAGUAUGAAUAUAGACAUCACAUAGAAGCUUUAAAAUUAAAGAAGAAAGAAGAAAGAGAACUGAAGGAGGCUGGGAACAAACGUGCAAAAGAAAUUGCAGAACUAAACUACCGUGAGAGAAUGAAGGAACUAGAGCGUAAAGAAAUAGAACUUGAACUGGAAGAAAGGAGGCGUAUGGAAAUUAAGAAGAAUCUCAUCAAUGAUGCAGCCAGAAAACAGGAUGAACCUGUAGAUGACAGCAAACUUGUGGAAGCUAUGUUUGACUUUCUUCCAGAUUCAAGCAGUGAAGCCCCUGCACCAAGAGAAACGUCUGUUUUUAUGGACCUACCAUCAAAAACUGACCCUCAGGAAAUAAUAAGUGCUAUGCAAACAACACCAGAUGAUGAAGAAGAUUUAUCAGAAUUCAAAUUCCAGAAGUUUGCUGCCACAUAUUUCCAAGGAAACAUUACUCAUCAGUAUUCAAGGAAACCACUGAAACAUCCGUUACUGCCUCUUCACACUCAGGGCGACCAAUUGGCUGCUCAAGCUCUCUGGAUAACAAUUUUGAGAUUUACAGGCGAUCUGCCAGAACCACGAUAUCAUACUAUGGACAGAGACAACACCUCUGUAAUGUCAAAAGUUACAGCAACUCUGGGAAGAAAUUUUAUACGCAGUAAGGAGUUCCAAGAGGCACAGAUGAUGGGAAUGGAUCCAGAAACAUUUUUGAAGCAGAAGCCACGUUCCAUUAGGCACAAACUGGUAUCGUUGACUUUAAAACGAAAGAACAAAUUGGGAGAAGAUGUCCGACGAAGACUGCAAGAUGAUGAGUAUACAGCUGAUAGUUAUCAAACAUGGCUAGAAUCACGCCCUACAUCAAAUUUGGAGAAGCUGCAUUUUAUUAUAGGGCAUGGGAUUCUUCGAGCAGAGUUGAGGGAUGAAAUAUACUGUCAGAUAUGCAAACAGCUAACUAAUAACCCAUCAAAGUCAUCACAUGCAAGAGGAUGGAUAUUGUUGUCUUUGUGUGUUGGAUGCUUUGCUCCAUCUGAGAAGUUUGUGAACUAUCUUAGGGCCUUCAUAAGAGAAGGACCACCAGGCUAUGCACCCUACUGUGAAGAGAGACUCAAACGGACAUUCAACAAUGGCACAAGAAACCAGCCUCCUAGUUGGCUUGAACUCCAGGCUACAAAAUCCAAGAAGCCAAUAAUGUUACCAAUAACAUUUAUGGAUGGAAACACAAAAACACUUCUUGCAGAUUCUGCAACUACUGCACGAGAAUUAUGUAAUCAGUUGUCAGACAAAAUUGGCCUCAAGGACCAGUUUGGAUUCUCAUUGUACAUUGCCUUAUUUGACAAGGUUUCAUCACUAGGCAGUGGCGGAGAUCAUGUUAUGGAUGCUAUAUCACAGUGUGAACAGUAUGCCAAAGAACAGGGAGCUCAGGAAAGGAAUGCUCCUUGGAGAUUGUUUUUUAGAAAAGAAAUAUUUGCUCCAUGGCAUGAUCCAGCAGAAGAUCAAGUGGCAAGCAAUCUCAUAUAUCAGCAAGUAGUAAGAGGUGUUAAGUUUGGUGAAUACAGAUGUGACAAGGAAGAGGAUCUUGCAAUGAUAGCAGCUCAACAGUAUUAUAUUGAAUAUGGCACAGAUCUGAACAUUGAUAGGCUGUACAAUUUGCUUCCAAGCUAUAUUCCUGAUUAUUGUUUCACAAACACAGAAAAAGCCAUUGAUCGCUGGGGCCAACUAGUUAUUCAAGCUUAUAAGAAGAGCUAUUAUUUGAAGGAGAAGGUUCCACCUUUGAGAGUAAAAGAAGAUGUUGUUAGCUAUGCGAAGUUCAAGUGGCCUUUAUUAUUCUCCCGGUUCUAUGAAGCUUAUAGAAAUUCUGGUCCCAAUUUGCCAAAGAAUGAUGUAAUAAUUGCUGUGAACUGGACUGGUGUAUAUGUUGUGGAUGAUCAAGAACAAGUUCUCUUGGAAUUAUCCUUCCCAGAAAUCACCACAGUUUCAAGCCAGAAAACAAGCAAAGUCUUUUCACAAACAUUUACACUGUCUACAAUAAGAGGAGAAGAGUUCACAUUUCAGAGCCCAAAUGCAGAAGAUAUAAGAGAUUUAGUUGUAUAUUUCUUAGAAGGAUUGAAGAAGAGAUCAAAAUAUGUUAUUUCCUUGCAGGAUUACAAAGCACCAGGUGAAGGCUCAUCAUUCCUGACAUUCCAGAAAGGAGAUCUUAUAAUUUUAGAGGAUGACAGUACUGGUGAAACUGUUAUGAACUCUGGAUGGUGUGUUGGAAGAUGUGAAAGAACAGGAGAAAAAGGAGAUUUCCCUGCUGAAACAGUAUAUGUUCUGCCUUGCUGCAGUAAACCUCCACAAGACAUACUGGCGUUAUUCAGCUUGGAAGGUGCUGAGCAUGGACGUAAAUUGUACUCACAGCAAAUGAAUGGCACUGAUAACAGAGAAAAACCACAUAAUUUGGCUGAAUAUGCCCUGGAUCACUUCAGGCCACCACCCAAAAGAACAAUGUCCAAAGCACUGACAUUAACAUCAGCUCGUCGAGGAGGGCCUGAAGAAUUAUGGAGGCAUUCUAGAGAACCAAUAAAGCAACCUCUACUUAAAAAAUUGUUAACUAAGGAAGAGCUGGCAGAAGAAGCAUGUUUUGCAUUUACUGCUGUGCUUAAAUACAUGGGUGAUUUACCGUCCAAACGUCCUCGCAUAGGAAAUGAAUACACUGACCAAAUUUUUGAUGGUCCAUUGAAGCAUGAGAUCUUGAGAGAUGAAAUAUACUGUCAAAUAAUGAAACAAUUGACAGACAACAGAAACCGUUUGAGCGAGGAAAGAGGGUGGGAGUUAAUGUGGCUUGCAACAGGUCUGUUUGCAUGCAGCCAGAAUCUGCUGAAGGAACUUACCUUAUUUUUGCGCACAAGAAGGCACCCAAUAUCACAGGAUUCCCUUCAAAGGUUACAAAAGACCCUUAGAAAUGGCCAGAGAAAGUAUCCUCCUCAUCAAGUUGAAGUAGAAGCUAUUCAACACAAGACCACUCAAAUAUUCCAUAAAGUAUACUUCCCAGAUGAUACAGAUGAGGCUUUUGAAGUGGAUUCUUCAACUCGUGCCAAAGACUUUUGCCAAAAUAUAUCACAGCGCCUGAAUCUGCGUUCUAGUGAAGGCUUUAGCUUGUUUGUUAAAAUUGCUGACAAAGUUAUAUCUGUCCCAGAGGGCGACUUCUUCUUCGAUUUUGUGAGGCACUUAACGGACUGGAUUAAGAAAGCAAGGCCAUCAAGAGAUGGUGCAUCACCACAAUUUACGUAUCAGGUUUUUUUUAUGAAGAAACUGUGGACAAACACUGUUCCUGGGAAAGAUAGGAAUGCUGAUUUAAUUUUCCACUUUCAUCAGGAACUACCCAAGUUAUUGAGAGGAUAUCAUAAAUGCACCAAAGAAGAGGCAGCUCGAUUGGCAGCUCUAGUGUAUCGAGUAAGGUUUGGAGAAAGCAAACAGGAGUUGCAAGGAAUACCUCAAAUGCUCAGGGAUCUAGUUCCAGGAGAUCUUAUAAAAAUCCAGAGUUCCAAUGACUGGAAAAGAUCAAUCGUAGCUGCCUACAAUCAGGAUGCAGGCAUGAGCCCAGAAGAUGCAAAAAUUACUUUUCUGAAGAUCAUUUAUCGAUGGCCUACAUUUGGCUCUGCAUUUUUUGAAGUAAAACAAACAACGGAGCCAAAUUAUCCUGAAAUGCUUCUUAUAGCAAUAAACAAACAUGGGGUCAGUUUGAUACAUCCUCAGACUAAGGAUAUCCUGGUAACUCACCCAUUCACAAGAAUUUCCAACUGGUCUUCCGGGAAUACCUAUUUUCACAUGACUAUUGGAAAUCUUGUACGCGGCUCCAAGCUGCUGUGUGAAACUUCACUAGGCUAUAAAAUGGAUGACUUAUUAACCUCAUACAUCUCUCUUAUGCUCACAAACAUGAAUAAACAGAGAGGAACUUUAAGAAUAAAAUAAUAAUACAGGAAUUCAGAAGAUUAAUUUGUGUGUGUUAAAUUGUGUACAUGAAGUCAACAGAGUGAUUUGAUGUUGUGUCAAAAGACGGUGUAUAUAAUGCUCACAAAAAUAAAUUCAUUGUACAUAAUUCAUAACAUUUUAUGUAAAUAUUUGUGACUUUGUUGUCUUCAGUGAGCAGUCAUAUAUCAACAAUGUGUGCAAUAUGAAUCUUUAGUACUUAAAAAGGUGGAUACCAUAUAGUCAGUACUAAAGGCAGUAACAAUUGACAUUUUGAUAGAGCUGAUAUUCUUCUUGUUUUGUUUUCUUUUGACUUCUGUAAUAGUCAUGUCCGCUUCCCCACUCUCAUAGAAAUAAAAGGUAAAUUCUAUAUCCAAA